GCACAAAGAACAGUGACACGCGAGCUGCUCUGCACAGGCAGCGAUGCUUGUUCCUAUAGCAACAACCUCUCGCGCACAUCCGCCGCCUCCACCAACUUCUCGCACGGAUCCGCGCGACCCUCUCCUCCUCUCCUCCUCCCCACCGCAUAACAGCAUCCCUCUGUCAACAGGAUAUUUCCUGAGACGGAAAUACGACGGGGGAAGGAAAAUGGCGCUCAUCCCAUCACAGAUCCUCAGAGUAGCGAUACUCCUCUCUUAUUUUUCUAUCCUCUGCAAUUACAAAGCCAUAGACAUGCCCGCGCAUCAAACAUACGGCGGUAGCUGGAAGUUUCUUACGUUCAUAGAUUUGGUCAUUCAGGCAGUGUUCUUUGGAGUAUGUGUCCUGACGGACCUUUCAAGCCUUUUGACAAAAGGCAGUGCCAGUAUGGAGCAAGAGAGACAGUUGAGGAAGCUGAUUGGCUUACGAGACUGGAUGAUGGCCGUUCUGGCCUUUCCCGUUGGUGUGUUUGUGGUGACUAUGUUCUGGGCUCUUUACCUAUAUGACAGAGAUUUGGUUUACCCAAGACUCCUGGACAACUUUAUACCACAGUGGCUAAACCAUGGCAUGCACACUACAGUUCUUCCUUUCAUCAUAAUUGAGAUGAGAACAACACACCAUCGAUAUCCCAGCAGGUCCUGUGGACUCUUGGCAGUGUGCACGUUUGCUGUGGGAUAUGUUGUAUGGAUGUGCUGGGUGCACAGCAUGACGGGGGUGUGGGUUUAUCCUUUGCUGGAGCACAUCGGGCCCAUGGCCAGAAUUUUCUUCUUCAUCUGCCUCACGGCUCUGAUCAACGUCUACUACGUCUUGGGAGAAAUCCUGAACAACUACAUCUGGGAUUCCUCAAAGAGCACUCUGGAAUCAGACAAGACCAAAAUGGACUGAAGACCACCGCCUCUUUCUCUUCUUUGGAGUUCAAACCAAUAUUUAUCUCAUCCUCAUAACUGCCCCUUAACUAAAGCACAGACCUGUAUUGGCUUGAAAAUUAAAUUGAAUAAUUCAUGUAUUUAAUUUAUGGUAUGAAUGUUACCGUAUUUCAGAAUACCUCAAGCAUUGUGUGAGAACUGAAUGAUGGGUACUAUACACACGAUCUAUUCGCGUGUCCAGAGCCGGUGUUACAAAAAGUCACAUUACAUAUAUGACUCAUGUCAGGUAUUAUUUAUUUACCAAGGGAUGAUUUAUGAGGGAUUGUGUCAUUCUUUGCCCCGGUAAAACAAAUAAGCAACACCUUUAUUUCCACAAUAGCAUAUGGCAAACGACAAUGAGCACAAGAUAAUUUGAUUAGAUGGGCUGUUUGUAGGCCUUCGUAAAAGUUUUUAGACUAAGCUCAGCAGAUAUUGCUGCAUGAAAUUCAAACAUUGUUAGAAGAGAAACUGACUUGUUGGAAAGGCCUUUUCCUAUUUGGUAACACUUUACAAUAAGGCCUCAUUCGUUAACAUUAGGUAAGAUAUGAGCAAUAUAUUUUUAGAUCAUUUAUCAAGUCACCAUGAAUUCUUGUUUUUUUAUUUUAUGGAAUAUUUCAGUAUUUAUUAAAAAUUCUUUAUUCA